UGCUACUCGGCGUCCGCGACACCAUUAACAGUAGCGGAUACAAGGGAGUGUGGUGGAACAGAACUCACACACAAGCAAGUCAAGCACACACACGAGCAAGCACACACACGCACACACACACUGUGUCACGAUGUCGUCGUGCUUCCAGUGCAAGUCGCUGUCUGCCCGGCGUGUAGAUCGCGUGUUCCCGCGCGAUGACACCAACGUGCCAAGACGAGAUGCGCUGCAACACUUGUCAUGGUACUGCCUGUCGCAUGCGCGGAAGCUGCCGAAGAUCUCGCGCUACCUGGCCAGACGCAUCAAGGCUGCAGAGGCCAGGGGACAGCACUCGCGCGUGUCUGUUGGUUUGCAAAUCUUUGAUGAGCUGAUACGCAAGUGCCACACCGAGGCACGGCUGUUCUUACAGCAAUAUCUCCUCGUCUUGCUGGACCUCCUCACCUCAGAGCAUCCGUAUCACGCCGUGGCCGUGGAAUCGUUUGAGCGGUUUGCGGGCAUUGAUGCAGACACGCCCGUAUAUCGGCACAUGUGCGCAGACUUCAUCCGCGUCUUUAGUUCGCUCUGCUGGUGCACAGAGGCACCACAAGACAGCGAUGAAGCUGUGCGCAUGUCAGGCCUGCGGGGGUUGGCGGCCAUUGUCGAGAAGGACCGGGACACGGCGAGCGAGUCUGCGCUGUAUGACGAGUACAGUCUUGGACAGGUCAUCCCAGCCCUCCUCUUCAACGUCACAAAGGGGGACCACCUGACCCCGGCGUCGCUGAUCAUCCGGCGUCGCAGCGGGAGCGAUAUUGAGGGCGGCGACGAGCAGGAACUCCCGUCAGACCCGCCCCAGUUGGCAUCGCGUGUUCUUCAGAUCAUCUGUGAGCACGCCACGCUCGCCACGGCAAAGGCCAUCUUGCGACCGCUAUUCGGCUACCUUGCGGACUUUGGUCUGUGGGAGGAGCGAGAGGACGGCGUUGCCUCUUACGCAAUCACACUCGUACUGUCGUCAUUGGAGGGACAACUGGUCCACAUUGUGUGCACGGAGCUUGUGCGCCACCUCAACUCGCGUGACACCCUCGGCCCGCUCGCCAAGCGAAGCAUCAUCAAGGCCAUCUCCACGGUGUGUGCGAGUGUGUCGAGCAUUCCGUUCACAUAUGUUCUGGACAUCUACAACGCCAUUCUCGCGCACCUGCGCAAGCCGCUGCCUAAUGCGACGGCUGCGGAUGCGCAGCUGCUGGAGGACUCAAUCGUGGCCGCGUGUGCGGACGUUGCGUCCACUCUUCCGCCGAUGCAGAAGACGGAGAUCCUGAUCACCAUCUUCACCAAGGUGGCGACGACACACGAGGCCAAGGCCAAGCACCAGCUCAUCGAGUGCGCACGCGGCGCCGCCAACACCCUGGAGGUACAAUCGUUGUCGUCUGCGCUGCCAGAUGCGCUGCUGAAACCACUCCUACAGACCACCAUCCACUCCGACGAAGAUGUACAGACGUCCUCCACCGCUCUCCUCUUUGAUCUCCUCCAGUGCCCGCUCGAGGUGUCGCCCUCGCACGCCAUCACGACGUCAUCGCUCUCUGCGCAGCGAUCAAAUGACUCCCGCCGAUCGGACGAGACGACGCUGACGGCGACCACCACAGCGACAGCCACUGGACGCAGCCCAACCCGUCUCCAGCGAAAGGUUGUUCGGCUGUUGGAUCUGGACGGCAUUCGGGGAGAUGCUGUGCAGCAGAUUGCCACGCUCGAAUACAACCAUCCAGAGAGCGUGGGUGAUGUUGAGAAAGAGGAGACGCGACGACGGCCGCAGCUGCGUCCCAUCAUCCGUGUUGACAGCGCAGACGACGUGGACAGCGAACGCGAGCAGCGCAGGGAGCAUCCGGACAUCACAUUCGCACAACUCUGCCCAUGGCGCACGGGCCCACCGGCGUUCAACAUCAGACCGACCGAUGCGGACGUGUUCAAGAACAUUGGCGACAUGAAGGUUGCCGACAUUGCUGCUCGCGUGCUGAAGCACCGGUCCGCACCGCACGUGUGUUCGCUCCUCUCGUCCGACUGGAAACCAAUCACUGCAUCGCCCCUCCCCUUCUAG